AUGUUGAGGUCAACAGUAAGAUCUCGUUCAGUUAACCUGAAUCUUGCAGUUUCAUCUAGUACUGCGUCAAGUCUAAGCUCGCGUUUUAUUGGUUGUAAUGACAGCUGUAAGAGGUAUAUUUCGUCAAAAGGUUCUAAUCUCCUUGCAUCUUUGGACGUGAACAAUAGUUCUGUAAAAUCAUCAUUUGAAGUGGCCCCUCAACAAAGGAAACUUAAUAAGCCCCAAAUAGAUUUGGGUUUUUGGAAGUCUUCCAAGUUUAGCAUAAAUCCAAAUUUUGAACCUUUUGAUAGAUCUUACAGGUCAAUAAUAAACAGCUCUUCAACAAAUAGAAGUGUCAUGCAAUUAUGGUCUUUAUUAGAAGCUUGUUUGUGUUCUAACUAUGUCGAUCGUGCAUUUCAUAUUUUAGAGUCACUAUACGCCAUUAAACCACAUAGGAUUAACUUUAUCGAUGAUUACAACAUGUAUUUGUCAUAUUUAGCUGAUUCUGGUAAAAUAAAAAAAUUAUCUGACUUGAGUCUAAAAGUUACACGUGAUUUAGAGAAGCAUUUCCCUGAUUCUACUUAUAAUGACAGAACGAUAGCAAUAUUGGUCCAUUUUGCAUUAUCUUUUUCAAAGCGUUCCGAUUUUGGAUCAUAUAUCACUGAUAUUAAUACUUUUUUUUCAAUGUCCAACAAUAAAAAUGCUAAAAAAGCUGUGCUUAAGAAUACAGAUAUUUUUACUUUAAAUGAUUAUAAAUUACUACGUGAUUUGAACCUAGUUGAGGCUUCUGAAUUACCAAUAGCGAUUCGAAAUAUAUUUGAUAAAAAUCCAUCUUAUCCUUCAGAGGAUACAGAAAAGACGAUACCGCCCAUAAAAAGUGCUAAAUCAAUCCCCGAAACUAAUACAAACGAUUUAAAAAAUGACGACCCAACUUUGCAACAAUUAAAAACAUCUCCUUCUGAAGAGGCAAUUUUAGAUCCAGACGAUACAGAAAUAUCUAAGAAAUGGGAUCUUAAUGAAAAUAUUGAUACAAUUGAAAAAGAUGCUGGAGAAUUGCUGUCUGUCGACACAAUUGGUAUGAAAGUCAUUAGACAUAGUUUACAAGGAUUGUCACUAACUGAAACUCAGAAACAAAAAAUUGCUUCUUUUAAUUUUGAUAGCGAAACCUCCAUCUUAGCAACAAAGCUAGAAGAUAAAUCCGUAGAUUUCUAUGAAAUAUAUUGCUCAUUGAAAACUGAUGCAGAAAGAGAGAAGUUUGAUGAGUUCUUAGAAAACUUUAAUCAAGAUAGACAAAGAGUUUUAGAAACUAGGUCUACAGAAGCUGCAAAGGAAAGAUGGAAACAUGAUUUCAUGGACGCCAAAUCCAGAGGUGAAGCUCCAUUCGAGAAAAAGCUAAAUGUUAAAUUAUGGGAGUGGUAUUCACAAAUGUUACCAUUAAUUAAGAAAGAAGUGGAGCAGGCAAAUGAAUUAUUACAAGAUUCUUUAAUUGAUAAGCGGAAAGCCGGGGGUAUAUCCUCUGAUUAUGCUCCUUACUUAAACUUGGUUGAUCCAGAGAAAAUGUGUGUCAUUACAAUUCUUGAGCUAUUGAAAUUAAACUCAACUGGUGGGGUAUUUGAAGGGAUGAGAACAGCCAGAGCAGUCAUAUCGGUUGGGAAAGCAAUUGAACUGGAAUUUCGUUCCGAACAAUUAAUCCGUAAUGAAAUGCAUACAUUUAAAAAUGUUUCUACUAAGCCUCAUGUAUUUAAAAAGUACGUAUGGUCAGCAAAAAAAAGAUUAAGAGAUCACAAUAUAGAAAAAUCUAAAAUUGAAUGGCCUCAAGCUGCUAGGGCACAAAUUGGAUCAAUUAUGAUUUCAACCCUAUUGCAUGUGGCCAAAGUUAAUGUUAGAGGUCAUGACCCAAAAACUAAUAAAUAUGUUUACGGAGAACUGCCUGCAUUUUCACAUAGUUAUCAAUACCAUAAUGGUGCAAAGAUUGGUGUAUUAAAAAUCCACAAAUCGUUAAUCAAACAAUUAAAUGGUGAAAGGCUAGCUACCUCAGUCCAGCCUCAACAAAUGCCAAUGAUUGUAAAACCUAGAAAGUGGGUUAGUUGGAAUUCGGGUGGGUAUCAUUACUCUCAGUCCAUAUUAAUCAGAACGAGAGAUUCACCUGAACAGGUAGCUUAUCUAAAAGCUGUUUCUGAGGAAAAUUUGAUUCCAACGAUUUACUCUGGUUUAAACGUUAUUGGCUUAACAGGAUGGACUGUUAAUAGGAAAGUAUUUAAUGUUUUAUCCGAAGUUUGGAAUACCGGUAAACAAUUUUUAGAUAUACCGGGCAUUCAAGAUGAUAUGGUGGUUUUACCUCCUCUGCCAAGUAACGCUGAACCAGAAGAAGUUAGAGAAUGGAAAUUGAAAAAUAAAGAAAUUGCUAAUAAAAUUUCUUCCGAUAGAUCAGUUAGAUGUGAUUCAAACUAUAAAUUGGAAAUCGCAAGAGCAUUUUUAGGUGAGAAAAUAUAUUUCCCACAUAAUUUAGAUUUUAGAGGUCGUGCAUACCCAUUGUCACCUCAUUUUAACCAUUUAGGGAAUGAUAUGAGUAGAGGUUUGCUAAUUUUCUGGAAAGGCCGUAGAUUAGGGCCACAAGGUUUAAAAUGGUUGAAAGUUCAUCUUGCAAAUCUUUUUGGUUACGAUAAAGCUUCUUUGGAUGAUCGUAUUGCUUUUGCUAAUCAGCAUAUUGAAGACUUAAAAGAUUCUGCGGAACAUCCUUUAGAUGGUAAAGGCUGGUGGCAGUCAGCUGAUAAGCCUUGGCAAGCAUUAGCAACGUGUAUGGAAUUAAAUGAAGCUUUCAAGCUAGAAAAUCCUGAAGAUUUUAUUUCACAUCAACCAGUUCAUCAAGAUGGUACAUGCAAUGGUUUACAACAUUAUGCUGCACUAGGUGGUGAUGUGGAGGGUGCAAUUCAAGUUAAUCUUGUCCCAAGUCCUAAACCUCAAGAUGUUUACAAUCAUGUUGCGAAAUUGGUGGAAGCUAGAUUAGAUGUUGCCGCAAAAGAAGGUGACGAAACUGCCAAAAUUUUACAAGGUAAAAUUACCAGAAAGGUAGUUAAACAAACAGUAAUGACAAACGUCUAUGGUGUUACUUUUAUCGGUGCUACGAGACAAAUUGCUAAACAAUUAACCGAAAAAUUUGAUGACAAACAACUAGCGUUUGAAUAUGGGGGCUAUUUAGCAAAGCAUGUUUUUGCUGCUAUUAGAGAAUCUUUCAAGGGUGCACAUGAAAUCCAAGAUUGGCUAGGUGAAUGUUCAAAAAGAAUCUCUAGAGCAAUUCGUUUAGAUGUAGAUUCAAAAUCAUUUAGAAAUGGUAAUAAACCAGAUUUUAUGUCAUCAGUUAUUUGGACUACUCCAUUGGGCCUACCAAUCGUUCAACCUUACCGUGAUGAAUCUAAAAAGCAAAUAAAAACCAAUUUACAAACAAUCUUUAUUGCUGAUCCACUUGCUGUAAAUCCUGUCAAUGCUCGUAGACAGAAAUCAGGGUUUCCUCCCAAUUUUAUACAUUCAUUGGACGCAUCCCAUAUGCUACUUUCUGCUACUAAAUGUGGUGAGCAUGGUUUAGAUUUUGCAUCUGUUCAUGAUUCAUAUUGGACACAUGCAUGUGAUGUUGAUAAAAUGAAUUACCUUUUAAGAGAAGAAUUCAUAAAAUUGCAUGAAGUUGAUUUGAUUGAAAGAUUAAAGACUGAAUUUAACCAAAGAUAUAAGGAUUAUUUACAGGUGUGCAAAAUACCGAGAACUUCUCCUCUUGCACGUAAAAUUGUUGAAUGCCGUAAACAAUUGUCCACUAAACUGGGCAGGCCUGCUACAUUAGCUGAUGAAAUACAUGAAGAGAAGAUUCGUAAAGAAUUAUUAAAUUCAAUCGAGUCUGAAAAACAGGAAGCAGGAAAAAAUAUGGUAACAACUGUUUCAAUUGCUGAAGAUUACAAAGAUAUAGAUACUUUAUUGAAAGCUACAGCUUGUCAUAUGCCUAUUCUAACCCCAUUAACUCUGCCUCCAAUUCCAACGAAAGGUCAAUUUGACGUUCAAGAAUUAAGGAAGAGUGCAUAUUUUUUCUCAUAA